CACCUACUCCGUCUCAGAAGUUUUGGCCUGCCAACAGCAGCUCUCGCCAGAUUUGGGGCUUCGUAUCCCAUUCCCCUUCGGGCAGGUAAUUGCCUGAUGGUUUCGGGGGAGGAGAAGAGACCCGGCAAGGACGGGGUGAUGCCUCCCACCAGCGAAGAUUCCCCCUUGAUCGGUGACAGUUUCGACAGCCUCUCCUCCACCAGCUCAGGGACCCUCUGUGUCCAUCUUUAUCACCACCCAAACUCCUUCCAACUGGCCCCAGACUCAGCCGGAAGCCUGAACUUCACGUACGGGGACUAUACCGCAGAGCAGCUCUGUGUUGCUGCCGCCAAAGUGUGUGGGAUUCUUCCUGUCUACCAUCCCCUGUUCUCCCUGGCCACAGAAGAUCUGUCAUGCUGGUAUCCGCCCAACCAUGUCUUCCGCGUGGACGAGUCAUGUAGCAAAGUGGUGGUCUACAGAAUCAGGUUUUUCUUCCCCAACUGGUUUGGGCUACAAAACUCUUAUCGUUUUGGGCCAGCAAACAGCCAAGAGAAACCUGUACUGGACGGCCCAACACUGGAUUACCUCUUUGCCCAAUCCCGCAGUGAUUUCAUCAGUGGGCAGAUGGAUGUGUCCUUAAAUCUGGAGUCCCAAGAAACGUGUCUUGGCCUAGCUGUGCUUGACAUGCUACGAAUCUCAAAGGAGAGGAAACAGAACCUGGAGGAGACCCUCAGAACAAUGAGCUACAAGGCGUGUCUUCCAGAGAAGUUGCAGAGCCAGCUGCGGACACAACAUUUCUUCACUGCCAUAAGCGCUAGAAAUUACCUUAUGGAGCUGGAGAGUCUACAGGUAGCCCCAAAACAGGAGACCUUCCUGACCAAGGCCCCAUUGGCAAAGGAGGCUACAUGGGUGAUCCAAGUCUCUGGGGAAACAGGGAUCUUCUUGAGUCACAGUGACAAUGAGACCAGCCAGCCAUUGUGCGACUUCCCCGAGAUCACCGAUAUCAGCAUCAAGCAACCAAGCCGAGAUGGUCUGCCAGUGGAGAACCGCAUUGUCAGCAUAACCAAGACAGACAGCCGAGUCCUAGAGAUGGAGUUCCUCACCCUGCAGGAGGCUUUAUCCUUCGUCUCGCUGAUCGACGGCUACUACCGGCUGACGGUUGACACCCAGCACUACUUUUGCAAAGAAGUGGCUCCUCCCUGGCUCCUUGAAAACCUGGAGAACCACUGUCACGGGCCUAUCACGUCAGAAUUUGCAGUAAACAAACUGAAGGCAACAGGCCACGGGGCGGGGUCCUACUUGCUUCGACGAAACCCUGAAGAUUUCAACAGCUACCUGCUCACCAUUUGUAUUGAGAUGCCAAUCGGGAAAGCCUUCAAAAGCCUACUGAUCCAGAAAAACAAAGAUGGGACCUUCUCAAUCGCUGGAAUUCGCAAGAAUUUCUGCAGCUUAAGGGAGCUGCUGGCAGUCUGUCAGCAAUGCAGUCUCCAGGUAGACAGAAUGACUGUCCAGCUGGGCACACACUGCCCCCCACAAUCCAAAGAAAAAUCAAACCUACUGAUAGUGCGGGGUGGCAGCUGCCACAGGCUUCCCACUUCUCCGUCUGCUCCACGCCGGGCCAUCAACCAGAUGAUGUUCCACAAAAUCCAGGCAGAAAACCUGGUCCAGUGUGAGAACUUGGGCCAAGGAACUUUCACCAGAAUCUACCGCGGCAUCAAAGGAGAACAGACCGAGGAGGAGGAAGAGGAAGGAGAGGCCAGGAACCAUGUGACGGAUGUCGUGAUGAAAGUCUUGGACCUCAGUCACUGUAACUGGGUGGAGCCUUUCCUAGAAGCAGCCAGCAUGAUUGGCCAGCUGUCGCAUAAGCACCUCAUCCUGCUUUAUGGAGUCUGCGUGGGAGCGGAAAACAUCAUGGUACAGGAAUACAUCCGACAUGGAGCCCUGGACACUUACCUGAGGAGGAAUCACGCGACUGGCAAGGUGACACCCACGUGGAAACUUCAGAUUGCAAAGCAGUUAGCCUACGUCCUCAGUUUCUUGGAGGACAAGAAGAUUAUCCAUGGCAACAUCUCUGCCAAGAAGGUGCUUCUAGCCCGGGAGGGGGAUGCCUUGAAAAAAAUGCCCCCGUUCAUCAAACUCAGUGACCCUGGAGUCAGCACUGCCCUCCUUUCCAAAGAAUUGUUAAUGGACCGUAUCCCAUGGGUGGCCCCAGAGUGCCUGGAGGACCCCAAGAAUCUUGCUCUGGAAUCAGACAAGUGGAGUUUUGGUGCCACUUUGUGGGAGAUCUUUAACAGUGGGAGCAUGCCCUUGACUGCCAUAGAGCCGGGCUUGAAACUUAAAUUCUAUCAAGACCGCCGCACGCUCCCACCUGUCAAAUGGAUAGAGCUAGCCAACCUGGUAGGCCAGUGCAUGGAUUACAACCCUCAGCAGCGGCCGGCUUUUCGCUCCAUCAUCCGUGACCUCAACAGCCUCAUAACUUCUGAUUACGAACUUCUUUCGGACCUCCCAGCCAUCAACAGCUUUGCAGAGUAUGUGGAUAUUUCCAUGUGCCGGAACCCCACCCUGUUUGAAGACCGCCAUCUAAAAUACAUCUCAGUAUUGGGGAAGGGGAACUUUGGGAGUGUGGAGCUUUGCUGCUACGACCCGCUGGGCGACAGCACCGGGGAGCUAGUGGCUGUGAAGCGGCUGCAGCAGAGCUCACCGGAGCACCGACUGGACUUUGAGCGAGAGAUUGCUAUCCUGCGCUCCUUACACCACGAUUUCAUUGUUGCCUACCGGGGGGUGUGCUAUAGUCGAGGCCGGAACUGUCUUCGCCUGGUCAUGGAAUACCUGCCCAGCGGCUGCCUGCGGAACUACCUGCAGAAAAACCAGGAGCAGCUGGACCUAAAGAAGCUACUGCUGUACGCCUGGCAAGUCUGCAAGGGUAUGGAGUACCUGGGGUCUCAGCGCUACAUCCACAGAGACCUGGCUGCCAGGAACAUCUUGGUGGAAAACGAAAACCGUGUCAAGAUCGGGGACUUUGGCCUGGCCAAAAUUCUUCCGCACGGGAAGGAGUAUUAUGUGGUUCGAGAGCCUGGACAGAGUCCCAUUUUCUGGUAUGCGCCAGAAUCUUUAGCAGACAACAUCUUCUCUCAGGAAUCAGAUGUCUGGAGUUUUGGCAUUGUCCUGUAUGAGCUUUUCACCUACGGCGGCAAGAUUUCAGAGGAAUUUCUUUGCAUGAUGGGGCACAGCAGGCCCCUCCAGAUUGUCUGUCAACUUCUGGAACUCCUGAAGGGGAAUAGGAGGCUUCCUCUCCCGGCUGGCUGUCCCAACGAGGUCUAUGAUUUGAUGCUGUCCUGCUGGGCCUUCAUGCCAAACCAGCGGCCUCGAUUCUGUGACCUGGGCCCCCAAAUCGAGAAAGUGAGAAAUGGUCACAGCAAAUCCCGGAGCUAG